UUGAAAGAUCGCUUUAGCAAAUUGUGGAUCACAGCGCCCUCUACGAGCGAAGAUCCAUGUUUAUGGUGGUGUUGAUCAACGAUAUCCAAUCACGCCUUCAGUCCCAGCACUUGUCCAAACACCAUGCCUGAGGCUGUUGCGAAACGACGUUCGACCAAGAAAAGUCGCGGUGGUUGCUCGCGUUGCAAAGCACAACAUCUCAAAUGUGACGAAGUCAAACCACACUGUGGCCGCUGCAGUCGACUGGGCGUGCAGUGUCCCGGAUAUGUGCAGAAAUAUAAGUGGUUAAAUGAUACGACCAGUGCCGUCUCAUCGACCACCCCAGUUCCGCAGACUGAGGGCGCCAGCCCUACUGUCGACUUAAAUUGGCUGGAAAUGACGUCUCAAUCUGACGCCCAGCAAGAGACUUCACCGCAAGCAAAUAAUGGUCCUGACACCGUUCCCAUUAGCCCUAUUUGGGACAACUUCACGAUGACAGAUCAACACUUCAACGUCUUGGACUUCUCCGAGCUCGUCAAACCAAACGAGGAAAGUAAUACUGCGAACACGACCGAGCAGUUGGUGCAGACCCCGAAGCCGAGCAACAUGCUCCAGUCAUUACGGGCCCAUACAAGAGAGAUUGUACCACGACCGCAAGCCUCAUUGGCGCACCAAUCAUCCGAGCUGCUAAGCUAUUACUUCAAGAACGUCUCGAAACUGUAUGCCGUCUACGAUGACCACCGCAACCCGUUCAGAUCCGUAGUCUCCAGCAUGCAUAGCCACUCUCUGGUCAUCAAUCUAGCCGCACAAAGUAUGGCAGCCGCAUGCCUGAAUGAAGUCCACCCGCGGUUCAACAAGCUGGGCAAGAAACUUCGUCAGCAAGCCAUGGAACUGAUUUUCAGUCAACCUCAACUCGACAGCAAAGCACUGCUUGCGCUCAUGAUGUUCGGACCUACAGGAAACUGGCAUGAUGCCAAAGAUCUCGGCCUCGAUUUCUACUCCAUGAUGAGAGAUCGUAUUGACAGUAUGGCGUCAACUGGCGAGCUCGUGCAGCAUGAGGUCAACCUCAACAGUUUCAAUUUCUUUCGUGAGGCCAUGGUCUUCUGGGAAAUGCUCCUUUCGUUCGUCGCAGAUAGCAAAGCUAUCCGGCCGUGCACAACGCCGCUCGGGCCUUUACUCACUUUCCAGCCUGCAAAACACAUCGCUCAUCCAUGGACAGGAGUCGCUCGCGAUGCAAUACAAAUUGUGGCAGAUAUCGGCCGACUUGUACGAGGACACAGAGUACGACACCAACAGCAAAACUUCGUCACACAAACCUAUGUGCAUCAACUCAACCAAGAUUUGGUGCACGCAAGGGAGUUAGAGAAUCGACUUCUGGCGUGCCGACACCCAGACGUGGAUAGCAUUGUUCAACCUGACGAUGCCGAAACUCCUGUCUGGCAUCUCACUACUCUCGCCGAGCUGUAUCGGUACGCUGGCCUACUUCAACUCUACCGUGUCUUCCCUGAUACCCUCUCCGAAAGACUUCUGGAAGAGGAUAGCACUGCACUCGCGAUGCUCAUCUCAGGAGAGCAAACCCCGGAAGCCACGAGCAGAAGGAGCAAAUGGCUCACACAAUUCGCUCUCGAAGCUCUACGGCUACUCGAGACGAUGCCUUUGGAGUCUGGCACACGAGACUUCCAGCCUUUCCUUCUCGUUGUUCUCUCGUCGGAGCUUAUAUGCGAGAUGCCCAAGGAUCCAAAUAACAACGUUGAUGGAGCAGAAAGCAUGAACGAGGAUGACGAAGGGAUCGAUUCGCAUUUCGCAGAAGUGGCCAUGAUGCGAAAAAUGGUCCUCGAUCGCCUGACCAGCUGUCUGAGGUUACUACCUCCGAAACCCAUUCGCGUAUGCAUCGACAUUGUACAAGAGACCUGGAGAAGAAUAGACGCCGGACAGCAGGACGUCUACUGGCUGGAUGUAAUGAUCCAGAACGGAUGGGAAACGAUCAUGGCAUGA